AAUGUCUCGUCUUGAAGCAAAAAAGCCUCCUGUAUUUAUUAAUGAACCUUUAAGUAAAGAUGCAGUUAGUCAGUCACUGUCGCUGCUGAGUGGAAUAUUGAAAUCUUGCUAUGGUCCUGCUGGUAGGCUCAAGCAGCUCCACAAUGGUGUGGGAGGCUGUGUUUGUACAACUUCACAGUCUGCAGCCAUCCUCAGUCGUCUGCCUGUCAGCCAUCAUGUCCUAAGGGUUUUGACAGCCUCUGUCCAGAACCAUGUAUCCCGCUUCAGUGACUGUGGCUUAUUUACUGCCAUUCUUUGCUGUAGUUUGAUUGAAAACUUUAAAAGCCUGAAUGUUGCAUCUUGCACUGUCAUUAAAAUAAGCAAACACCUUUUGAGUUUAUGUAUGGACUACCUCAAAUCUGAGGCCUGUGGUUGCCGAGUGUCUGUGGAUUUUGGCAGUGUUGAGACUCUUCUUUGUUUGGUACGUAGCAUAUUAACAAGCAAACCUGCUUGCAUGCUUAAUAAAGCAGAAGUUGAUCAUCUCAGCACGCUGAUUUUAAAGGCUUUUAUGUUUACUGUUCCAUGUCAUGUUGAGACUUGUGCUGUUUUAGGAAAGUGUAUAAUAGUGCCUGUGAAAUGUAGAAGAGUUUUGGAUUCUACAGUUCUUCCUGGACUACUGAUAGAAACACCAGAAAUUCAAUUGGCUAAACCACUUACUGUCAAAAGAACUUGUUCAAACACAAUCAAGAUAGCAGUUUUCUGUGUGUCCAUGUCAGGAGACAGCUUCAGCCCUGAAGAAGGAACAGUAACAGUCCAUUGUGGAGUUUCUCUAGAAAUGUCAGAGCUGAAUCUGUUGCUUAAUGCAGGAAAGCAGCUGGUUGAUGAUGAGGUUGGCCUUGUAGUGUGCCAGAAAGUUAUCCAUCCAUCCUUGAAACAGUAUCUGAAAGAGAACGGGGUCAUUGCUGUGGACAGAGCGGGGCUAUCUCUGAUGGAACCCCUGAGUCGGAUGACAGGUUCAAAGCCUAUAGCUUCUAUACAUUUGUUGUCUCCCAGUUGUUAUGGCAGUUUGGAGGAUGUGCGCCUUGAGUGUGUUGGGUCCAAACAUUUUGUACAUCUAAUUCCUAAGGACACAGUUGUCUGCAGUUUGAUACUGUGCAACAGAAAUGAAACAGCAUGGGAUGAAUUGAAGCGUGCCUGUGAAACUGCAGAGCAUGUGUUACAGUUAACAAUCAAGGAACCUUGGGCAUUAUUAGGAGGUGGCUGUACAGAAACUCACUUGGCUUCAUACAUAAGACACAAGAGUUGUAGUCUGUCCACCAGCGGUUUUAAAGAUAUGAAUUGUUCUUGGACACAGUAUCAAUUAGUCGCUGAUGGCUUUUGCCGUUCCCUGGAGUCUGUAGCUUGCUCUCUGAAUCAUGAUGGUGGAGACAUUCUUACAGACAUGGUUUAUGGACACUGUUGGUUUGUUCCAUCAGGUUUUCCCUCUGUCUCUAAUUGGUCAGAUUUAGUUUCAAAAUGUGGCUGUGGGAUUAAUGAUAACAAUGAGAAUCUUGGCUGGAGGCUUUCACAAGGCCAGUUUGGCUCUCCUUUUACACAGGGCUGCCCUGAAAAGCCCUCAGUAAAGGUUGCUGACUUUCUGGCACUGGACUGCUUUGCUGCAAAGUGUAGUGGUCUACAAGUAGCUCUGGAGACAGCCAACCUGAUUUUGGAUCUCUCAUAUGUAAUUGAAGAUCAGAAUUAGCUCUGAUCUUAUGUGAAUUGUGUUGCACAGCAAGAUACUUAAUUCAGAUGAGGGUAAUGUGUUAUGGUAUUUUAAAUGGCUAGAAUGUGGAAAAUAGAAAUUUUAAGCAGUUGGCCAUUAAGUACUCUUCUGAUUGUUAAUCUACUGUUCCCUCAAUAAUUUUCAAGUGUUUAACUUUUGGUUAGGAUAGUUAAAUAAUUGGCCAAAUAUACGGUGAAUCUUAGUAACAUAUGACAAGUAUGGAAAUUAGUGCAUUCAAAAGAGUGAAUGACACUUCAAAAUUUGAGUUUCUGUAUUCUUUCUGGGAGUUUUGAAUGUUUUCCUUCAGCAAACAAGUGCUGAAUUUAAGGAACACUGGAUGAUACUUCCUCUGCAUUAAGCAAAGUUUUGCAUGUUUGUUAGCUCUGUGGCAUCUUAAAAGGAAGGGGAAAAUGGAUUCUCUUGUUGAGAAAACAUAUGUUAAGGAUUAGAAUGUAUGUAGGCUCAGCAAAAGUUUUACACCUUCAAACAGACUUUUGUAUUGCAGCAAAAUCUUAUCAUUGCUAUUUUUAGUGUUGUAAGUAAAAAAGGCCACUUGAGCCACUUCUCAAAUUUUGUUUUUAAAAUCUUGUCACCAUAAAAUAUAUGCACUUGCUUCUAAAUGACUGGAUGAUUUUACUUUCUAUGUGAUUUAUUUAGCAAAUGAUUAAAUCUCAACCUGGAGAUCUUAAGGUAGCAGGUAGGUAAUGGAAGACUUGAAAAGAAAUGGCAGACUGUUGAAAAAUUCUAAAGUUUACCUUGAUUGUCUUUUGUGGAAUACAGGGCAGUUUAUAAAUAACGAUCUUUCAUUUAGGUAAAGCUGCAAGAAAGAAUAUCCCACUCACCAUUCAGUUAACUCUGACUGUGCACAGCUUCUUUUUCUUUUAACAAAGUAAGGCUUUAAGCUUCUCAGGCUUUUGAUCUUUAAGGUUGUAGACUAAGUGAUUGAAACGUUUUCUCAUUUUCAGCUAGCAUGCAAGAUCAAAAAGGGUGUUACAGUUUCUUUCUUGAACUCAUUUUCUUUGCCCCUUCUCCCUCUUUGUUUUCAGUCACAAGGGACAAAUCACUCAUGACAUGCUUUUCCAGAAAGCAUCCAAAUUACUUGUAGAAUAUUCUGCUUAUUUCUUUCCUGGUGUCUCAAGAUUUUAAUAUAUUUACUGAGUAUAAGCAGUAGAAUUGUUUUGUGUAACUCAGUUUUCAAAUAUGUAAUUAAAAACGGAUCUCUCCAGACCUUUUGUACAAAGUCCUUUUCAUUUUAAGAGCAGAAAUGAUCAUUUUCUCACUGGAAAGAGUUAAAAGUUAUUUGAAGUUUUAUUUUCCUGUGACCUGAAAUGAUUGCUUCAGAGGUGUAAGGCAUUUGUGGAAUAAUGUUACAAGGGUUGAGAUGGAGGCUGUUCAAAGUUGGUUACUAAAAAGGCUGCUUUCAUAAUCUUGAUUCUCCUGUCUAUGAUGAACUGUAUGAAAACCAGGAAUAAUGAAGUCCAGCCAUGGUGUGUAUCUUAAAGCACAGAAGACUCUUGGUAAUAUUUCAUCUACUUACGAGUCUCUAUCUCAGGGUAUUGAAUUAGAAUAUUUUGAUUGUUGUGCAGUGCAAAAAAAUGCUGAGUUUAGUGACUACAGCUGUGCAGUGAAAAUUUAAACAAUGUUUAAGUUGCUGGUGUUCUUUUGUCUUGGUAUCUGAAGGUCGGUUCGUAGCUCCUAUAAAAAUGUUAUUAGCUCUAAAAUGUUA